AAUCAUCUUGAUGUGAUUCUAUUCUCCCAGGGAAAAUCCAAGAAGAAAUUGCCCAAGAGAUUGGGGUUCGUCAGCCAAGGACAGAAGAUCGAGUUAAAAUGCAUUACACCAAUGCUGUCAUUCAUGAAAUUCAAAGGUUUGCUGAUAUUGUUCCAACCAAUUUGCCCCAUGCAACCGCCAUGGACAUAACUUUCAAAGGCUUCUUCAUUCCCAAGGGAAUGCACAUCAUUCCCUUGCUGACUUCUGUGCUCCAUGAUGAAUCCCAGUGGGAGAAACCUCAUGAAUUCUAUCCUGAGCAUUUUCUUGACUCGGAAGGAAAGUUUGUGAAGAGGGAUGCGUUCAUGCCUUUCUCUGCAGGUCAGAGAGUAUGUGCAGGUGAGAAUCUUGCCAAAAUGGAGCUCUUCCUCUUCUUUACCAACCUCCUCCAGAGAUUUACCUUCCAGCCACCUUCAGGAACAUCUAAAGAUGAUCUGGACCUAACUCCUGCUCUUGGACUUACCACUCCCCCACUGCCUUACAAGACCUCUCAGAUGAUUCGUGCAGCACAGCAGAUUGCCACGCGUCAGCUGUUUUACAAACAGGGCUUGCAUCAGAAG